CGUUUCUGAAACGAACCAAGUGAGAAGUCGAUGAAAAGGCUGUCUUAUUUUUGCGAGUCUGCUGUACGCAGAUCCAAGUCUAGAUUACAAAAUAACAUCCCUACUUUUUUGUAUAUUUUUUGUGUAAGAUGCUGCAAUUGAAAUAAACUAAAUUAUUAAAAUGGAUCAAAGUAAUUAUAUUGUCAAUGAUGAAAGAAGCAAACUUCUUGAAGAUGAAGAAAAACUUCGAGAAGAGCUUCAUCUUUACUGGGAUUAUGACUCUGAAGAAGAAGAAGCAGAAGAAGCAGGGGAACAGUUGUUGAUUGAUUUAGAAAACGAUGCAUCUGAUCGAACACUUACUGCUAGAUCAGUGUCUUCAAGCUAUGCGUCACAGAGCUAUAGUAACACAGCGGAUGAUGAUGAAUCAAAGCCAGUUUUUGGUCUCCCGCCACAUGUAAAUUAUGCUGAAGGAGAGUCAUGUCCACAAAAAACUCUGCUUUUAAAUAAAGCUCUGCAAGAACAGCUUAUCCGUUACAUUGAAAACAUUGAAGAGGCCUUAGAAAGAAAUAAAGAAAAAUUGGAACAACUAGAUGCAGAUACCUCUGAUACUUCAAAGACAGCUGCCAAAGGAACUUCCUUUUCAACUUUCAGAGCUCCGUACUUUAGAGACCUUGUGUCAUACCCUCCUGCUAAUGAAGAUGUCAUUGAAAAGAAACAGAACAUGGGUUAUGAUACAGCAUUGAUUGAAGCUUUGAGAGACACCAGGCCACUAUUCAGAAAAACAUCUGUCCUUCGUAAAGCUGUCAUUGAAAAUUGUCGUGAACUUCUGCUAAAACCUCUAAUGUUAAGAAUGGAAGCAACAAUAACAAAACGUGAUAGCUGCACUUCAAAGCUGGAGGACAUAAGGAGAGAGAUGGCAAUAGAAAAAUCAAAUGAGAACAGUAUGUCUGAAUCAGGGGAAGUCACUCUAAAGAUGUUGAAAAAAAUACAUGCAAAGAUUAGACAACUGGAGGAGUCUGCACAAGAAAAAGAAAAAGAAUUGAAAGAAUGUCAAGAAGAAAUCAUUCGGCUGGAGCAAGACAUGAAAGAAAGACAGAAUAUUUCUGAGGAUGAAGUGCUGCUCAAUGUAGAUUCUGAAAAGAUAGACUGGAUGAAAAUUUCUAAACAGAAUUUUGGUGCUGAUACCACUUGGAUCAACUGUCAGAAGGCCUGGGAUCACCAGCUAAGCUCAAAGGUCAACAGGUUGCCAUGGAAAAGAGAUGAGGAAGCAAGGCUUAAAAAACUUGUCGCGAAAUCUAAAGGCGGAGAUUGGGAUAAAAUAGCUUCAGAUCUUGGGACGGAUAGAACACCAUUCCAAUGCUUUAAUCACUAUCAGUCUAAUUUGAACCCUCAGCUAAAAUCAAGACCGUGGACUGAGGAAGAAGAUGCCAAACUUCUCACUGUUUGUAACCACGUUAAAGACGUCCUUGGAUUCUUCAGUUGGCGUCAAGCUGCAUCUUUAAUGGAUUCAAGAAGUCCUAAAGAGUGCAGCUACAGGUACAUUAAGAUUGACCCUAAACAGAAUCAUGGACGCUGGACUCAGGAAGAGGAUGGUAAACUUCUCGCAGGUUUGGAAGUGUUUGGACCAUCUUGGUCUAGAAUCGCAAAAUUUAUUGGAACUCGCAACAUGCUGCAGUGUAGAGAUAGGUAUAUCAAUUGUCUAGCUCCAAACAUCAAUUUUAGUAACUUUACAUAUGACGAGGAUGCAAAACUCCUGCGUUUGCACAAAGAGCAUGGCUCAGCAUGGUGCAAGAUGGCUCCCCAUUUCCAGGGACGGACAGACAGCAUGCUGCUCAGCAGGUAUCGCACCCUGCAAAAAUGGAAAAGCCAAACGCAGUGGUUUGAUAAUCUUUCAACCCAAGCUAAAAUGUUGCUUUUAGGGAAAUCCCUUUCUGUGGCAGAAAGGAAGCAACAAGAAUUGAAGGCCAAGGAAUACUUGUCCAUGCAGCUAGGAGUUAGCUCAGAGGAUUAUAAAAGACAGGAGCAGGAUAGAAGGAAUCGUGUUGAUCCUGAAUUCAUCCCCCCUCGGCCACCAUUCCAGCUGAAUUGUUUUAAUGCAAGCAGAUGUACCAAGCCCAAGGGUUUAGCUCACUGGGCAAAGAAAAUCACUUUUCACAGAAUGCUGACAGAGAACCUGUACAAGCUGUUAGCCAAAGAUAAUCAAAAAAAUGGAAAGAUGACACCGGAGACAACACAAAAACUAAUGCAACUGGCUGUCAACGAAACAGUUGAAGAAAACAAGCAAGACAUUUACCCAUCCAAUGUGGUUUUAUCAAAGCGUGUUGAAACGGCCUUAAAUAAAGCAUUUUUAAAAGAUAAACAUUUCAAUGUUCAAGAACUCCUCUCUUCAGCAUAUUUCAAAGAAGAUCUUGAAAAGAAAAGAGUACAAGUGCAAACUGCCGCGGUGGAAAAUGAAAUUAAAAGUAUCAUUUUUGUUAACGACAAAAAGAGAGCAAGGUUUGGACGUAUACGCAGGCUAUUCAAAGCUGAUAAGAGAUCUGCACCGACAAUUGAAAAAGAAGCAAGUGAGCUGAACAUUUCUGUGCCGCUAAUGCUUAUGAAGAGCCUUGGCGUUGAUAUUGUAAACAUGUAUCACUCAGUCCACCUACAGGCUAUUGAAUGCCAAGAACAGCUGUUAAAAUUUCCAGCGUAUGAGGAUGAUGCUGAGUUUCAGAAGAAAGAGAAAGAAGUUGAUGCUUAUAUCCAAAGAGAGUCUGAAAAAACUGAAGUGUUUGAGGAGGAUAGAGUAAAAAACAUUGCUGAUUUGAAGAGACGCCGGCUGCUGUUGAGUCUGGCUUUUAAGAAAAGAUAUAUGGAGAACAAGCGUGUUCUGCAAAAUAAGCUGAGAGUCUUACAACAAAAUGAGGAUCGGCUGAAGACACUAAUUGAUGGUAAAAAAGAUGAUUUGAUUGAUAUGAACCUCUCCUUAAUGCGAUCUGAUCCUAGUUUUGAAAAAUUUGAAGAUUUUGAUGACAGCUUUUCUGCCGGUGAGGAUUCUGGUGAAACGGUUGAGGAGAAACCAGAGGAGAACGAGGAAGAGGGUUCGGAGAGUGUACUGAAAAAAUUAAGAAACAAGCGCCCGGCCAGGCAAACGAACCUUGAGUGUGAACCUCCCAGUAAGAAAACAAAAACGUUAACACUGCAAGAACUGGCUGAGGAAAGAAGCAAAGUAACUGUGGAAGGGAAGAAAAUAUUUUCUGACCUACCCUUACUGCCACCUAACACUGGAUCGCUUCGAUUUUUGAGAGCAUUGCUUCUGAGGAAAAGGCUGCUCAUCAAAAGAGCUGGCGAUCUCUACUUCUACGAAUCGGUGCAGGACAAGAAGGCCCCAGAUUCUGCAGAAAAAACAACGGAAUCUGUAGUAGAAGUGGAUGAUGUCUUAUCUUCGGUGUCAUGGUUACGCCCUUCAACAGAGGAGCAGCUGCAGCACGAAGCCAGCAUGUUUGAAGGCUUCAAAUCAAACAGGUGCAAGCUGUACCAUCCCUAUUUUGAUGCGGUUAUCCCUCCUACUGCCCACGGCAGGAUGAGUAAGAAGAAGAACAUUGGGAAAGUUGGGGAAGAUUUUAAAAAGAAAAAUGUAUCCCCCCCUCCGGUUUCUUGGUGUCCAAAGUACCAGGCCAAACCUCUGGAAUCUCAACCACCAGUUUCGACUUUACCACAGUUUCCUUCAAGUGCAUUUGGAAAUAAGUACUGUAUAGUUUCCGCUCCGCUUGGCUGUCAGAAAAUCUACGCUUUUGCAAAACCACCUCCAAAACUGAUGACUGUGAAAAAACCUACAUACACAUACAGUAAAAUGAAUCCGAAGGUAAAUCCUGACGCUACUGAUGCAGAAUCUAAUAAUCAAAUUGAGGUAAGUCUUGAGAGUACUGAUAAAUCUACAAAACCAGCCAACCCAAAUACGGCCGCUACUGAUAAAUCUACAAAACCAGCCAACCCUAAUACGGCCGCUACUGAUGAAUCUACAAAACCAGCCAACCCAAAUACGGCCGCUACUGAUGAAUCUACAAAACCAGCCAACCCAAAUACGGCCGCUACUGAUAAAUCUACAAAACCAACCAACCCGAAUAUGGUCGCUACUGAUAAAUCUACAAAACCAGCCAACCCAACUAUGGACGCAUCCACAAUGCAAGCCACAGUCAUUGCAAUGAAAAAAAUGCCUCCAUCUGCCAGUGUCGACAAAGAUCCCAGUAAAAUUACUUCCACAAUCCCCUCAGCUGAUCAGAAAACCAGUGACAACUCUAAGGAUACAGGUACCCCAAGCUGCACUAAGACAGCUUGUGCUGAGACUGUAGCAAACUCUCAGUCUAGUGGUCCAGAUGCCCCAUCCACCAACAGCUGCAGCUCUGGUGUAGCCAGCAUCAACACCACCAAUCAGCAGAGCCUAUUUAAAGCUCCAGAGAACGUCAAGAGCGGCUCAGUGAAGGCCUCUGUGAACACUGCCAGUCAGCGCAGCCUUGGUAGGAAAGUUUCCAAUAAAGUAGUUGUGGUUAUCGAAGAUGACCAGAAUGAUUCAAACAAUGGCGUCAUAGUUGGUAAAGGUACGCAGGCAUCAGAAAAAGUCAACUCCAAACAAAAUAAGGGUGAAAAAAUAUGUGAGGUCAGACCAACCACAGGGGCUGCAGGGCCUUCUCAGAAGGAAAACAGUUUCAAUAAUUUGGCAGCCAUCAGACAGAGCAAUGAGUAUAAGCUUUUAUAUGCCAGGAUGAAAGCUAUUUUAAUGUGGCCUAUUUUAAUCUCCACUGUGGAACCUACUAAAGUGCUGGGGCCAGUAGAACCUAUUCCAAGGCCAGCUAUAGACAGAAGUGACCAAAGCGGAGCAGUUAGAAGAAUAAGGAGGAAAACUAAAAAACAGCAUUGCAAAGAGCACAUGGAAAAAAUGAGACUAGCUGCAAGGGCAAAAAAACUUGGUGUUGCUAUCUCAAAAACCGAUACAGCUUCAGAAGUUUUGAAGCCACCUGCCCCCACUGAGCCUUCUUCGUCUGUAGAACCCAUGUCAUCUGAAGAAGGGAAACCACCUCAGAUAGAUGCAUCUCCAACAGAAACCCCUCAGAGAAAGGGUAGGGGUCGACCUAAAGGGGCCAAGAACAGAGCCAAAGCACAACAGGGACCUGUUGAAAGACCCAAAAGAAGCGUUACCAAAGUCUCUGAGCAAGAAUCCCUUGAGUAUAAGAUGGAACCAAAGGCUCGGGAAGUGGUAAAAAAUGUCCCUCAGUGGUGGAAGGAUGCUAUGGUUGCUGCUAUGCUGAAGAAGCAAGCAAUGGACGAAGAUGGAGAAGAAGAUGAGAAUGUCGAUAUUAAGGAAGAUGAAGAUUUUAUCGAUAAGGGAAACUACUCUGAUGAUGAAUGGGCACAGGAAAUGAAAAUGGUUAUCAGCGACCAAACAGUAAUAAAACCAGAUGUAAGUGAUUUUUAAAUAAACAAAACAAAAAAAUCUUGUUGACACAUAUAAUGAACAUAAACUGCAAACUUUAUGUACAAUUCAAAUCUGUCUACUUAGAGAAGAGAUGACUAUUCCUGUUUUGCAGAAAUUCAAUCUUUCAAAGAGUCAUUAAAUGACAAAAAAUUCAUAGCAUUAUGAUCAAAGCCCAAGACUUAUCAGUCUUCACACUAAUUACCUUUCGUUGUAUUACUUUUAUUGUGAUCUCUUAACUUCCUGUACUAUCAGCCUGUGAGCUAAUAAUUUCCUUAUUUUGCAAAAUAUUUUAUUGAUUCACCGUUGUCAGAAACAAUGCCAUAAAUCAAAAGAUUAACAUUAAUCAGUGAGACAAAAUUGUUGUCUAGUAGGUGAUCUUACCUUACUUCUUUUUUCUUUAAUGAAUAUCCAUUUAAAUCAGAUUCUUGUACAACUUGUACAAUUUUACUAAGCUUAAGUGAUAAUAAGUAAUUUGUUAGAACAAAUUUUUAAAUUAGUUUUUAAAAUACUGAUUUGUUGUUAUUUCAGUCACCAUUGUUAUUGCAAAAGCCAUUACAUUUUUGUUUUGAUUCAGACAUAACUGUCUUGAGUAGACUUGCCUUUGUAAAAAAAAUUUGUUUUAAAUUUGUGUUAAUUUAACAUUUUUCUUUUGUUUUGUUAAUUGUUAUGAUUAAGUUUUUAAUAUAAUGUACAUUACAGAACUUUCAGUUAUCACCUUUGAAAUGUUGUUUCAUUUUUAUUUUUGCAUUUUUUUUAAUGUUCUAAAUUGUUUUUGCUUGUCAAUAAAGUUAUAACAAAAAUAA